GCGAGGAUUGCGGAAGCCGAGGUGCCAGAGGCAACCGCCGAUGCAAAGGCUCCAGCAUCAGAAGCAGCCGCGGACGCAACCCAGGCAGAAGAAAUCGCUGCAAGCAAGGCGUCAGAUGCAGCUGCUGUGGCAGUCGAGGCAUCGGAAGCCAUUCCGGAGGCGACGGAGGGGUCCCUCUCGUUGCCGGAGCUCAGCGAUUCCCCGCAGGCGCCGGAGAAGGAAGCAGAG